AUUGACCAUCUCUGCUGAAUGUCCCAUGCAGCUUGAAGAUUUCCCCAUGGAUGCACAUGCUUGCCCAUUAAAAUUUGGAAGCUAUGCUUACCCCAAUUCUGAAGUGAUCUAUGUGUGGACUAACAGCACCACAACGUCUGUGGUGGUGGCCGAAGACGGUUCACGACUUAACCAGUACCACCUUAUGGGACAAACUGUAGGAACUGAAAACAUCAGUACUAGUACAGGCGAAUAUACUAUUAUGACAGCCCAUUUUCAUCUGAAAAGAAAAAUUGGCUAUUUUGUCAUCCAGACGUACCUUCCUUGCAUUAUGACUGUGAUCUUAUCUCAAGUGUCGUUUUGGCUAAACAGAGAAUCUGUCCCUGCUAGGACUGUCUUUGGAGUGACAACAGUCCUCACCAUGACCACCUUAAGUAUCAGUGCCCGUAACUCUUUGCCAAAAGUGGCCUACGCUACUGCAAUGGACUGGUUUAUAGCCGUCUGCUAUGCCUUUGUAUUUUCUGCACUGAUUGAAUUUGCAACAGUCAACUAUUUCACCAAGAGGAGUUGGGCAUGGGAUGGCAAAAAAGCCCUGGAAGCUGCUAAAAUCAAGAAAAAAGAGCGUGAAUUGCUGGGAAAUAAAUCAACUAAUACUUACAGCACUGGGAAGAUGACCCCUGCACCAAACAUGCCAAAGGACUCAGCCCCAUCUGUCAUCUCAAACACUGCAUCUGCGCCAGUGAAGUCUGCAGAAGAAAAGCCCGCUGAAAGCAAAAAGACUUACAACAGCAUCAGUAAGAUUGACAAAAUGUCCCGGAUAAUUUUUCCAGUGCUGUUUGGAACUUUUAACUUAGUUUACUGGGCCACAUAUUUGAAUAGGGAGCCUGUUAUUAAAGGUGCCAAUUCUCCAAAAUAAACUGAAGGACUCUAAAGCCACACGUGAGCCAUACUUACAAAGCAGAUGCUACCAAGGAAAAUUUGAGAUCCAGACACCUUUCUACAUUUGGGCAAUAUUCUUCAGGAAGUUUUUUGCAUGUUUAAUAAUAUGUACAAAUGAUAUUGCCUUGAUUGUUUCUACAUGUAACCUCAGAUGUUUCGGAGACGAUUAUAUUACUUACAGCAACAGAUCUUUGUAAAA